CAACACCAUUCACCUCACCUCCUUCUAGAUUCUCUUAUUUUUCAAUUUUACUUCACCCUCACUGAAUUGUUGUUGUAGCAUCUAAAUCGAAUAAAAGUUUGGAUCAAUUUCGCAUCUAGCGGUGCAAACAUGGGAGAUUCUCCGGACGAUCGAGUCGCGGGAGACGAUAUUGCCAGACUGGUGGAGCAGGCCAAGGAGUUGCAGGACUCGGCGGCGGCAUUAAUCUCGCGCACUUCCCGCGAAGAAGACGAGCUCCGCCAGCGCGUUGCCUCACUCGACUCCCACAUCCAGUCCCUCCGGAACUUGAAACAUGACGACAAACUGGAUGAGGAGCUGAUUAAAGCGAGAUACAUUUUGAGUGAAGGUGAUGCAGCGGCAUUUCUUCCGAGCAAAUCUCAUGGAAGCUUUUUGAAGAUGUUUUUGGGGCCGAUUAAUGUUCGGGCAACUAGAAAAGAUGUGCAGUUGAAGGUGAAGGAUGAAUAUAAUAAUUUCAGAGAUAGGACGUCAUUUUUGUUCCUUUUUUUCCCAUCGCUGCUGCUGAUGUUAAGGUCAUGGAUUUGGGAUGGAUGUCUGCCUGCAUUGCCAGUACAACUUUAUCAGGCAUGGUUGCUGUAUCUCUACACAGGUUUGGCAUUGAGAGAAAAUAUCCUGAGAGUUAAUGGAAGUGACAUACGUCCAUGGUGGAUCAAACACCAUUAUUGUGCUAUGGCUAUGGCCCUUAUAAGUCUUACUUGGGAGAUAGAGAGGGGACCUGAUUGUGCCCAGAAACAGAGAGGUGUACAGUUGUUUCUAAAAUGGGCAAUUAUGCAAGGAGUUGCAAUGAUUCUCCAGAAUAGAUACCAGCGGCAAAGACUAUAUACACGUAUUGCUCUAGGCAAGGCCAGGAGAAUGGAUGUUGUCUGGGGAGAAACUGCUGGAGUGGAGGGUCAGUUACUGUUGUUGUGCCCUAUACUCUUCAUCUUGCAGGGUUUUGAAGCAUAUGUUGGAGUCUUAUUGCUUAAAACUGCACUUGCCGGAUUCUUCUUUGAGUGGCAGGUGAUUACUUGUGGGAUUCUUCUGAUUAUAAUGGCUGUUGGAAAUUUUGCCAACACGGUACAGACACUAAUGACAAAGUCUCGUGUUAAAGCAAAAAUUAAGAGGGGUAGAAGCAAGCAUUAAAUCAGGGAUCUUAAUGGCAAGAGUUUCCUGACACGGUACAGACUAUUAUAUGAUGAGUCUGCUAACGUGAGGAUGUAACAACUUUAAGCAGAAUUUAUUGCGUCUGACCUUUCUAUGCAUAGGCAAUUAAUCGUGACCUUACAAUGUAGGAAUCAGACAUUUAUUAGUUUGUAACAGCUGUAACAAAAACUAAUCACCCUGCUUUUGUGUGAAUACUUAAAAUCUUACUAUGUACUAAACAUGCACUUGAAACUUAGUCUACCACAAUGAUGUGUAUUACUUUGGUUUUUCUUUGGAAGAAGUUUUGUUCCUUGGAACAUUUGUCAACUGGUUUCGUGUAAUAAAUAAAGUGUGCACAUUAUUCCAGAUGUUUGAUAAUGGAAUGGGUGAUUUAUGA